GCGGAUAACUUGUACGCCCAGAUGGUCUUUCAGUGCAGUUCCACUUUCUCCUCCACGGUUCAGGUUCUCAAGCUAUGCUGGAAAAGGACGAGAAAGAGUCGGAGCCGAGGAGUCAUCUUUACUCUGAAGCUUGUCGAGCGUCGCGCUGUGACGUCACGGUCGGCGUCUCCGCCAUCUUAGUUGUGGUUAAAGAGGUGGCGACUUCGGAAGUGGCUGCUUGUGUGCUGCCGAGUAGAUGCUCAGGCUAUGUGGGCUUGGCGUGGUGCUGAGCCUGGUCGCGGCGGCGGCGGCGGUCAUGGCCGUGUGGUUGAUGGACUGGUGGGGUCCAGAGGGUCCCCACUCUGGUCUUCGCCUCUUCGUACCCGAGGAGCUAGCCCGCUAUCGCGGCGGCCCUGGGGACCCGGGUCUGUACUUGGCGUUGCUCGGCCGCGUCUACGACGUGUCCUCAGGCCGGAGGCACUACGAGCCUGGGGCGCACUAUAGCGGCUUCGCAGGCCGGGAUGCAUCCAGAGCCUUUGUGACAGGAGACUAUUCUGAAGCUGGCCUCGUGGAUGAUGUCACUGGCUUGUCCUCCUCUGAGAUACUGAUACUUCACAAUUGGCUUUCAUUCUACGAGAAAAAUUAUGUAUUUGUCGGGAGAUUGGUAGGAAGGUUCUACAGAGAGGAUGGACUGCCCACUUCAGAACUAACACAGGUCGAGGCCAUGGUAACUAAAGGCAUGGAGGCAAAUGAACAGCAACAGAGAGAAAAGCACAAGUUCCCUCCAUGUAAUGCCGAGUGGAGCUCCGCCAAGGGUAGCCGGGUCUGGUGUUCCCAAAAGAGUGGAGGUGUGAACAGAGACUGGAUUGGUGUCCCCAGGAAGAUGUAUAAGCCAGGGGCCAAAGAGCCCCACUGUGUGUGUGUGAGAACAACUGGCCCCCCUAGUGACCAGCAAGACAACCCUAGACACUCAAAUCGUGGGGACUUGGACAAUCCCAACUUGGAAGAAUACACAGGCUGCUCACCUCUGGCCAUGGCGUGUUCCUUCCGGCUCUGAGAUGGUGUCCUGUGUGUUGAUGACACGUGGAGAACCUUCCCUACAUCUCCAGGAAGCCCUUAAUGCUCAUGCUGUAGGAGGCUCCUGGCAUGAAAAUAGGAGGGUCACAGACACCAGCCUCACUCUGCAGAUGUGUGUCACGAUUCUGUUGACUGAGACAAGAGCCUGAUAGCCUUCCUGAUAUGUUCAGUAUGUUUUGAUACUGUUUGGAACCUUGGUCCCCUGUCAUCUUCCUUCAGAGCCUGCAGACAUUCAUGAACACAGUGUGGUCAACAUAGAAUUGCCUGGCUAGAGAGCCUGUGAGCUCCAGCGAGGGACUUCGCAUGAACUCAUUGCUGCCCUAACCAGAGCUUGUGCUCUUCCCAUCAUGCCAGUCCUGCUGGUACUUGGAGCUAUAGCAGAAGGAGACUGUUGUGACUCUCAGCAGAGGAGCAGGCAUUUCCCAAGAAGCUGCACAUCUUGCAGAAUCAAGAUUUCGGACAAUGAUCUCUGAGCCUGCUUGAACAGCAAGGUGCAGAGGGGUCAACUUGGAAGCAUCCUGGACUCUGGAAUUCACAUUGGCCUGGACACUGAUCAGGAACAAGACACUUUCGAUGUCAGAGUUCUGAACUGCCACAUGAAGAAAAUUCCGACCUUUAUUAUCUACCUACAACAACAAACAAGUAAGAACCACACUAUUAGCCAGUUCCUUUUUAAAAAAAAAAAGGGGGAUCCUCCUGAUGUCCAUAAGCUGAACACGGGUCACUGGAAAAGUCAUGAACGACCCUUCCUCAGUUCCAGAGCUCCAACAGUAAAUGCCACCCCACCUCUAGAACAACCAUUGUAUACACAUGCACGUGAUCAGAAGGGACCUGCUAUCCUGGCACCUUCCUACAGUAGGAACUGCCAUGGAAAGCCAAGAAGGGACUAACUGAAAGAAGGAAGGCACUUGAGUGGCUGGGGCUGUUCAGGAAGAAGCAAAUGUGAUGAUUAGCUACAAGGCCUCUGUCUUGACCAAACCAUAUAACCAUCUUGGAUCCCUGAGUAGCCAAACAGGCUUCAAAAAUUUUCUUAAGCUUUAGAGUAUUACAUAAUGGGAGGCAGAUGCCAGACAAGCUGAUAAGAAGUAGCCAAAAGCUUCCUCAGGUCAAACUCCACCACAUACUAUAGUUAGAGGAAAUCAUCAGAACAUCAUUAGAACCACUGCUCAAGGGACGACAUACUCCAAACUCCGCAUUACCCUUCCCUCCAGAGUCUACUGUGUGUGCUGGCAUAAAUCAAAUUUGCAAAGAACUCAGAUUAGUAGUACCAGUUUUAUUCUAGAUGGAGAACCCAAUUCAUGACUAUCUUACACUUAGUCUGAGCAUGGGCAAAGUUAAAAGCUAUACAUCCAGUCACACGUAAGAAAAUGAUAAAGGCAAGGUACUAAAGCCUGUGCUAAGAAAACAGUCAUCUACAUGCCAGGACUGCAUUUCAUUCAGGCCCAAUGUCUCAACUCAUCAUGAACAGUUACUUCUAAAUCUUGGCAAAAUUCUACAAGCUGGCUGGAACCAGGUUUCUGUGAGACUGACCUGACAAACCUAUUCCAGCUUUCAGCACACAUCAAUCAUUAUCAUCACUUCCCACCCACUGUAGUAACCAGGAUCUAGGAGAUGAUAAAUACAUGGUAAAGAACAACGAAAGUGCAUGUGCUCAGUAACAAUACCUCUAAAACACUCAGAAAGCUGCCCAACAACCCAAGUACGUCAAAUUCAAUUUUUGUAUUUUAGAGGCAUUCAUUACUAGAGCAUCCAGCAAAUGCAGAGAGUGAGCUAAACUGCAUACCAACAGAAUUCUAAUGUCAGGCCGUCAUGGGAGUUCCCUUUCCCAGCCAUGUCCAAAUCACCAGGUCACGCUUCAGACAUCGGACACAGGACAAGAGAACAGCUAAAUUUUCAGAAAAGGGGGAAUUUAAAUUUUAAAACAAGUGUCUUUGUGUAGAAGGGACCUUCUGACAUCUGGUUAGUCUCCAUGAGACAUCCUGCUGUGGUAAUGGUGGUGGUUGGUAACUGACCUGCUCGGCAGCCCCAGACUCUCGUUUUAGAAUAGCUUCGGCUGCCUUAUUGUUCUUGUAAGUCAUGGCGCAGGCAAAAGGGGUCAGCCCUUGUCUGUCUCGUACACUCAACUCAAUGUUAGGGUGAGAAAUCAACAGCUGAAUGAUGACACUAUGCUGGUUGCUGAUAGCCACAUGGACAGGUGUUCUUCCUUCUGCAUCCUAUGGAGAAAAGGUAUAGAUUCCCAUGUCUAAUGCAAAAGAUAAAACUCAGGGACAAUAUGACGGGAGGUAACUUUUAAAAUAAAUUUCAGUUAUGAGA